AUGCUGGAAGGAGAGGCUGAGCAUUGGUGGCAGGGGGUACAGCGACUGUUGCAACAAGAUGAAGGCGAUAUUCCUUGGAAUACUUUUAAGGACGAAUUUUAUAAGAAGUAUUUUCCGAGGGCAGCUCGUGAUGCUAAGGAGAUGGAACUUAUGCAGCUAAAACAGGGUAAUACAACUAUUGCAGAAUAUGCCCGUAAAUUUGAUGACUUGUGCCGUUUCUCCAAAAUCUGCCAAGGGAAUCCUGCUGACUUUGAAGAAUGGAAGUGCUUGAAGUUCGAAGGGGGCCUUCGUGAGGAUCUGAUGAGUUCAGUAGUCCCAUUGGAGAUACGAAAUUUUGCUGAGCUGGUUAAUAAGUGCAAGUUAGUGGAAGAAUAUGCUAAGAAGGUAACUGCCUCUAAAGCAAGUCGUCAAGGAUUUCCACCAAGGAACUAUAAUAGUUACAAUUGGCAACCACGAAGGACAAACUUCAAGACCCCUGGUGUGCCACAGCGAAGGAACCCACAAGCUGGUAACGCUCCUGCUCGCCCUACGAGUAGAAACGGAGGUAGACUAAGGCAGGAUAAUGGUAAACGACCCCAACAGGCACAGGUGAAUACUACAUGUAGGCAGUGUGGGAAGGAUCAUGGUAAUAGACCCUGUUUGUUUGGAACAUUCAAGUGUUAUAUUUGUAACGAACCAGGGCAUAUGGCUAAGAACUGCCCAAAGAGGUUUACCCAGAAUCUAGCGCGAACCCAGCAACAAGGUCGAGUGUUUGCUAUGACUGCUGAUGAUGCUAUGCAAUCAGACGCCCUGUUCCAAGGUCAGUGUAUUGUCAAAGAUCGAUUUCUAACUGUACUGUAUGACUCGGGUGCAUCGCAUUCCUUUGUUUCUUUAACUAUUGCUCGUGAGUUGGGACUAGAUUUCUCUGAGUUGAACUUUGAUCUGAUUAUCCAUACACCUGCAUCCCAAAAUGUUUUGACUAGUUUAGUGUGCCUGCAAGUACCAUUCACUAUUAGGAACAGAACUUUUAUACAUGAUCUAAUCUGUUUGCCUUUAUGUGGUUUAGAAGUUAUUCUAGGGUUAGAUUGGUUAUCUAAGUAUCAUGUUUUCCUUGAGUGCUAUGAAAGAACUUCUGUUAUUCCAUCUAAGGGUUUAGAUAUUAAACCAUUUUUGUCUCAUACUUUAUAUCUGAAUUCUGUAAUAGAAUUCAGCAUUGAACUUGUACCUGGAACCGGACCGAUUUCCAUAGCACCGUACCGGAUGUCACCAUUGGAACUUGCAGAGUUAAAGAAGCAAUUGGAUGAGCUACUUGGAAAGAGAUUUAUUCGUCCCAGUGCAUCACCUUGGGGAGCUCCGGUAUUGCUAGUAAAGAAGAAGGAUGGUGGAAUGAGACUUUACAUAGAUUACUGA